AUGAAGCUCGGAGUGCGGUCAUGCGUGCAAAGCCUGUUCGAGCCCAAGGCGGACCUCUCCCUCUGUGUGAACAAGUCAAUCAAGCUGUUCGUGAAGGAACCCCCCCCACCGCCUGCGGAUUCGACGGACAAGACAGGCGGGGCAGACAAGACAGACACAGACGCGGCGGAUUCGGCAAACGGGGCAAGCGAGGCCAACCUAACUGGCGCAAAGAACGAGCGUAGAGAAAGCCAAAGCCUGCUGAGCGAAAACCUCGCUCUCCUAAACGGGUACGCCUACUUCAACCGAAUAGGAAGCAACAUAAAUUUACUGCACACAGAACUGCAUGGCAUGAAGAAAGACUUCCUUUUUCAAAACAAACAAACAAAAAAAAAUAUAAAAAAACUGAAGGUUGUGAGGAAAGAAAAUAAAAUCUACCACAAACUAUUGCAAGAAAUAAAAAAGGAUCGAAGGAGGAAAGAAACUUAUGAACAUUUAUGUACAGAAAUUCAGACAUUAGAUGAAGUAAGUUACCUUAACAAAAAACAAGAAAUGGAGAAAAGGGACAUUGAAGGCUUGCAGCAAAAAAUGAAGGACAUUGAAAAGACCAUUCGGAUGAAUGAGGAGAAUAUUCAACGGACUAUUCGACAGAUUAGCGACAUCGUCUCGAUGAAUUUGCAACCCUGA